GUUUCGUUUGCGGCGGCGUUUGGAAAAUAAUUUUAUCUAAAACCAGCAAAUUGACAACGUACAAUGCUGCUACCUUACCCAAGUAACAUUUUAACAGCGUUUACUAUUCUAUCGAGUCUACAACUGGCUCUCGCCGUACAAGUUACCAUCAGCAACGGCCCAAUCAUUGGACGAGAGGCCGUUACUGUCAACCAAAACAAAACUUUCUAUGCAUUUCAAGGGAUUCCUUAUGCUUCUGCACCCGUGGGUUCUUUGAGAUUUGCGGCACCCGUUCCACCCCAGGAUUGGACGGAGCCCAGAAACGCAACAACGAACGGAAGCAUAUGUUUACAAUUACAAAAUAAUGAAGUCCAAGGCAGUGAAGAUUGCUUAUUUAUUAACGUAUAUACGCCAAAGCUGGACUCGACUGCAAAUUUACCCGUAAUGGCCUGGAUCCACGGAGGCUACUUCAUGUUCGGUGACUCGAAUUACGAAACCUAUGGUCCAGAUUAUUUCAUAGAGCAAGACGACGUCGUUAUAGUUACUUUUAAUUACAGAUUAGGAAUAUUCGGAUUUUUGAGUACCGAAGAUGACGCAGCUUUAGGCAACUGGGCAUUGAAGGACCAAAUCAUGGCCUUACAAUGGGUUCAAACCAAUAUAAAAUUAUUCGGAGGCGACCCUGGGUCGAUAACCCUCUUUGGACAAAGUGCUGGGUCAGCUUCAGUUUCCUAUCUCUGUCAGACAUCGAAAGCCACAGGACUUUUUCACAGGGCUAUUUUAGAAAGCGGGUCAUCACUAGAUUUGUGGUCUCUGGCCAGAAAACCCAAGGAAACGGCAUUUGCCGUAGGCUCUUUGUUAGGGUUGACGGCAUUUAGAACUUCUGAUUUAAUAUCCCGACUCAGACAAGUAGAUGCGGUGACGUUAUUGACAAAAUCCAUUACUCAAAACUUAGGUCAAACACUUUUUACUAACCCCAGAGAUGGUUUGGUUUUCGCUCCUUCUACGGAACCUGAUGUGGACGAAGCUGUAGUAGUGGGCAAGAGUCACGAAAAGCUUUCUGAAGGCUCUUUUCUUCAAAUCCCUUACAUGAUGGGCUUUACUUCACAAGAGGCCAUAGCUCUGGAGACGUUCAUCAACCAACUUAGAAUUUAUCUGUUGACGUAUGACGCAUUUCCCAGGCGGCUCAUACCCAUCGAUAUGAAUAUUAUUCCUGUCGACGUCGUAACUCUAGCCAUAGUUGCCACAUCGGUAAAAGAUCACUAUUUGGGUUUUAUUCCAGCCGUUCUAUCCACUACUCAAAUAACCCAAUACGUCACUGACGAUCAAUUUGUGCGAGGAAUUUACGAAAUGGCACGCCUCAUGUCUGCAAGGGUUCCCGUAUAUCUAUACAGGUUCUCUUACGAAGGGUUAUUGGGUAACCCAUCCAGAAAUGGACCAGGGGUGUCUCACGCGGAAGAGUUAAACUAUUUAUGGCGUCGAGAAGACUCCUUGCAGUCACCUCCAGAGGAGGACAUAGUGAUUAGAAAUAAGCUAGUCAGAUUGUGGAUCAAUUUCGCGAAAUUCUCUAAUCCGACACCAGAAGCCGACAGCCUUCUAGACAACGCAAUAUGGCCCGUGGCGUUAUCGAAUAACGUUAGUUAUUUCGACAUCGGGGCGAAUUUUCAAAUAUCGAGCAAUUUCAACAAUUACAGCAUACCAUUCUGGACCUCACUUUACGACAGAUAUGGCAGACCGCCGUACGAUACUUAUUGAGUUAUAAAAUUGACAUUUAUUUAAAACGAAAAUAUA